CAUUUGACACUGAAAAAUACGUGAUGGGAAAAUAUAUUCAUAAAUUAGCUAAGAAUAUAUUUUCGUCCAUUCCAAAACGAAAUUUUUCUAUAAGUAAAUGUUUUCGCGAAGAAAAGUGUGAUGUUCAAAUAGGUGAUCCGUUUUCCCUUAAACCUAUAGAAUAUGAGUGUCGCACCCUUCGGAGGCAUGAUAAUGUAAGACGUCAAAAACUUUACGAGUUUGGUUUAUAUGUAGCAGCAUGCAUGCCGAAAUAUGUUCAAAAGAUCCAAAUGCAACAUACUGACGAAUUAGAAAUAUUAGUUGCUCCAGAAGGAUUUCACCCCGUUCUUUCAUUUAUGGCACAUCAUCAACAUGCCUGUUUCAAUCAGUGUUCUCUAGCGACAGCCGUAGAUGUACCUAGUAGAGAAUAUAGAUUUGAAGUUGCUUAUAAUAUUCUUAGUUUAAGAUAUGGUGAGAGGGCUCGAGUGAAGACAUAUACUGAUGAACUGACUCCUUUGCAUUCAGCAGUAAGUCUUUGGGGGAAUUGCAACUGGCUAGAAAGAGAAAUCUAUGAUAUGUUUGGUAUAAUAUUUACUAAUCACCCUGACUUGAGAAGGAUUCUGACUGAUUACGGUUUUCAAGGACAUCCACUAAGGAAGGAUUUUCCUCUCGUGGGUUACACGGAAGUAAGAUACGAUGAUGAGCUAAAGAUAGUUUAUGAGCCAGAAUACGCACAAGAAAUGCGUUCCUAUAAAUUGGAGUCACCUUAAUACUUAAGAAAUUUCCACGAGGGCUACAAUUCUCCUAAGCCUGAAAAAGAGAAAGGGAAACAAAAUUAAACAAAAAGUAAUUAGUCGAACGUAUAACGAGCCAAAAUAAUUUUAGUUUGUUAUACUACAAAUAUCCAAUGAAAUUAAAUUGUCGUGGUAGAUUACAUGGCUCUCCAAAAUAACGCGUUGCGCAUUGCGGUUGAAUAAUAAAGAUAAAAAAUACAUUUAAGUUUUUACAUAACCCAUGUAUUUUUGAAGAGUUAUAACUUGAAAGUUAGGACACCGAAAUUAUGUAAUAUAGCCAUAUUGAUAGGAUAGUUUGUUAUUAUUACCAUGAAAUCAUCUGUCACUAAAUUUACUGCCUCACUUUAAGAUCCUUAUUAAAAAAAAAAAUAGGGAAUUUAUUUUGUUAAAUAAAAAUGCUUUGUGUUACCUUGUUGAUAUAGUAAUUGCGUUGUUGGCAAUUAAAUAUUAAUGCAUUGCAUGAAAAGUUCGUUGCACUCGAAUAAGUGUGUUUAGAAAUCGCAUAUACGACGAACGUACUAUGUACCUGACUUACAUAUAUUUACAUAUAAAAAAGAUUACAUUCAAAGAUGACAUCCUUUUACUCGUUAAUAAAAGUUAUUUAUGAAGAUUAUUCACAGUGUUCAUUUA